AUGGGUCUGACAGAAGAAAUCCAAUGUAGGUUCUGUCAAGAACAGAAAGGAACCGCCCGCAUGUGCUCUAUUUGCAAGUAUGCCCAAGAAUGGGCGGAUACUUGCGCUAAGACUUCAAGUCUUCAACACCGUGCCAAUUGUCCUUACGGAGAAAAUAUCUUCUCCGUCUACUCUUCAGAUUUCAGUCACACCCCAACAGCACGAGAUGCAGUGAAAGAGUGGUUAUAUGAAGCACAUAGAAGGGUUCAAAGGGUAAAUCAGGGUUUAGAAGAUAAACUGUUGAAAUUGGUUGAUGUGUGUGAAACUGAAAAGACUACCCUUACAAAGGACGUGGCCACUUUAUCACACAAAUUAGCUGAAGCAAACUAUGCUAUUAAAAAAUUGACUGAAGACAACGAAAGGUACAAAAAUGAUGUUACCCUAGCUAUACAAUUUUUACAAUGCAAACAAAGUAACUUUGUUGCUCAAAGAUAUGAUACGUUACCUCCUGAAGUGCAGUCUCAAGUUUCCAACUUCAUGACUAUGAAGAAAAAACCUGAAGAACGUAGAUCAGUUCCAGAGAUGACAGGA